UGCGUAGGAAGUCGGGGCGGCGGCGCAGAGAGCAGGUCGCGGACUCGGGGCGCAGGUACCUCUCCGGCUUAACGCUCUUCUCGGUGUCUGCAGCACCCUCCGCUUCUUUCCUUGGAGACGAGAUCCAGCAGCCAGAGAUUCACCAUGUCUAUUCUGAAGAUCCAUGCCAGGGAGAUCUUUGACUCUCGUGGGAAUCCCACUGUUGAAGUGGACCUCUACACCUCAAAAGGUCUCUUUAGAGCUGCUGUGCCCAGUGGGGCCUCAACUGGUAUCUAUGAGGCCCUAGAGCUCCGGGACAAUGACAAAACUCGCUACAUGGGGAAGGGUGUCUCAAAGGCUGUUGAGCACAUCAAUAAAACUAUUGCACCUGCCCUGGUUAGCAAGAAACUGAAUGUUGUGGAGCAGGAGAAAAUUGACAAACUGAUGAUCGAGAUGGAUGGAACAGAAAACAAAUCUAAGUUUGGUGCGAAUGCUAUCCUGGGUGUGUCCCUUGCUGUCUGCAAAGCUGGUGCUGUAGAGAAGGGGGUGCCCCUAUACCGCCACAUCGCCGACUUGGCUGGCAACUCAGAAGUCAUCCUGCCAGUUCCGGCGUUCAAUGUGAUCAACGGUGGUUCUCACGCUGGUAACAAGCUGGCCAUGCAGGAGUUCAUGAUCCUCCCUGUGGGCGCUGGGUGCUUCAAGGAGGCCAUGCGUAUUGGAGCAGAGGUCUACCACAACCUGAAGAACGUCAUCAAGGAUAAAUAUGGGAAAGACGCCACCAAUGUGGGUGAUGAAGGCGGGUUUGCUCCUAACAUUCUGGAGAAUAAAGAAGCCCUGGAGCUGCUGAAGACCGCCAUCGGGAAGGCUGGCUACACUGACAAGGUCGUCAUCGGCAUGGAUGUGGCCGCCUCUGAGUUCUACAGAUCUGGGAAGUAUGACCUGGAUUUCAAGUCUCCUGAUGACCCCAGCAGGUACAUCACACCUGACCAGCUGGCUGAUCUGUACAAGUCCUUUGUCAAGAACUACCCAGUGGUGUCUAUCGAAGACCCCUUCGACCAGGACGACUGGAAAGCGUGGCAGAAGUUCACGGAUAGUGCAGGCAUCCAGGUGGUGGGCGAUGAUCUCACUGUGACCAACCCCAAGCGCAUUGCCAAGGCUGUGAGCGAGAAGUCCUGCAACUGCCUCCUGCUCAAAGUCAACCAGAUCGGCUCAGUGACUGAGUCCCUCCAGGCGUGUAAGCUGGCCCAGUCCAACGGCUGGGGCGUCAUGGUGUCUCAUCGCUCUGGGGAAACUGAGGACACCUUCAUUGCCGAUCUGGUGGUGGGACUCUGCACUGGGCAGAUCAAGACUGGUGCACCUUGCAGAUCUGAGCGCUUGGCCAAGUACAACCAGCUCCUCAGAAUCGAAGAGGAGCUGGGUGACAAGGCGAAGUUUGCCGGCAGGAAAUUCCGAAACCCCCUGGCUAAGUAAGCUGGGGCAGGCCUGAGCCCUCGGCACUGUCUGGAGAUUAGAUCCUCAAUUAGAUUCUCCUCCUGACUUAGCGUGGACAGCUCAAGCCCCCACCAGUGCUUGUGGGGCCUUUGGUGGCUAGCUCCCCUCUCCCACCACUAGUUCCUUAGUGCUCCUGCAGAAGCCAAGGUGACCACCCAGAGCCCUGUUGGAAACCCUCACAGUGUAAUCAUGUGACUGGCCUGAAUCAUCGUUCUCAGCUUGCUUCCCACCAAGUGUCCAGAACUAUGUGCUCCUCCAGUGUGGCUACAGGCAAGGUCCCCAGUGGUUUUAUAUGCAAAAUAAAUAGCCUCAGUGACCCAUAAGAA